AUGAAUUCAACUGAAAAAAUUUUAAAAACAUUAAGUACAGAUCAAAUUUCCCAAGUAGUUGCUGGUGUGCAAGCAGAUUUGGAUGAUGAAAUGGUCAAAACAAAACGAACACUAGAUCAAAUUGAUCAAAAUAUUUUCACUUGUAUCAACAAUUUAAAAAAACUCAGAAGAAGCAUCAUAAUAUUACAUUAUGCUAAAAUGAAAAAUAAUACCGAUGGCAAUAAAAACUAUCAAAGGGAUGCCCUUCUCAAAAACUUGGAUUGUGAAGACGAAGCAAAAGAUUUGAGUGUAUUUAUGACAAAUCUGAGUAAUGCAUCGACACGAGUGAAAACUGAACCUAUGAGCAACAUUGAACAACUAAGCAAAACCGUCUCACAAAAUGCUUUGCCUUCUGGAAGCUUUAUUCCUAAGACUGGAUUAAUUGAAUUAACAUUUGUUAUUGGAAAUAUUGUUAAAAUAAGUGAUUCUGAAAAUGAAAUGAAAUACAAAUGGACUGUUUAUGUACGCAAUGCAGAAGAAGGUGUUGACAAUUUGGUUUACAUUGACAAAGUGACAUUUUUCUUACAUGAAUCCUACGAACCCAACCAUAUUGUAGAUGUAAUUAAAAAACCAUUUUCAUUAACAAGACAUGGAUGGGGAGAAUUUGUAAUUCGUUUACGUUUGCACUUCAAAGGUAAUAUGAAUGUUCAAACUGAUGUGUAUCAUAAACUGUGCCUGAAUAAAGACAUAACAGUCGGUAUCCCGAUGGUUGCUAAGGAGCAAACUGUUAAGUACAAAUUAUUGCUGCAAAAAUAG